CUGCCAAGUAAUCGUGGUGAUACUCUAUAAGUAUGUACAGAGACUGGAUGCUUAUUGCUACCCAUGAAGUCAAGAAAGGUACUCCAGAAUGUACCUUCCUGCAUUCCUGCUUUUGGGGAAAAAGUCUUCUCUAAUCAAAUACAACUGCUACAGAUUUAAGGUCAAGGCUGUGGGGUAGUGCAGAGAGACAUGUUGUCUUUAGAAAACUUCUGUCCUGUUUUGUUGAUUCUUUGAAUGCUCCUCCUUCCCUCCUGAAGACAAUGUAAAGCACUGUGAAAAGUGUCCUUAUGAAAUAAGCCUUUGUUAUCCAUGUAAGCACACUUUUUUUUGGUCUUACUGAGUGGAUCUCUUCAUUUCCCUAAUGGUGUGCAGUCCUGGGAUUGACUGAGGAUGCUAUUUUUUAAAGGCAUGGGUCCCAUGGCUAGUUUUUUUCAUUGUUCCUGUGUUCCAGGCUGUGUAUCAGAAACCACUGUCUUGGAGCUUCUGAAUGCUUACUUUGCUUCCACAGGGAUGGACUAAGAUAUUAAAAAUUUCUCUGAUGGGGACAGAGUUGUGGGAUGUAUGGAUCAGAGCCAAUGCUUGCUAGAACAAUUUGUAUUAAUUAAACUAUUAUUAAUAGCAGUGACUUGAUUCCAUUAAUGGCAAACAAUGAUUCAAACCAUGCAAUCAGUUAUUCCCAAUUACUUUCCCAGUAAUUGGCUUGGAACAACAUCUGGGAGACCUCCAAAGAAGUGGCACAGUGUACUGGGGCACCAACAGAUUCUAUCUGGGCAUUCCAAAAAAAUCUCUCACGGUGUUCUCUUUCAUCAGCUCUGUGUGUGUGUGUGUGUGUAAUCCUGUACUCCCAGCCUGCCUAUGGCAACUGCUGUUUUCUUGAAUGCAGUCUUUUAAAUAUUUUUUGACAAGCUGUUGAUGAUGGUAAUGUGUGGCAGUGGCCUCAAAUGGAGUGAAGAGAGUUGGUGUUCUGGGUUCCUUGGUUUUUCCCGGAUUCCACAGAAUCACCAGUCUUGAGUUUAUCAGUUUUGGGAGGCUUCCAUGCCCUAUCAGCACAUACUUCUCCAUUUCUCCAGCUUGCUCUUUGCUGUUGGCUAGAUCCUCAACUACACACGAGUUCACAGUCUGUAGAGUUCAUUCAUGCAAACUUGCACUGAAGGGAUUUUUGACAGGCAUUUGCUUGUUUCCUAAAUAAUAAAAAACAUUCCAGAAACUAAAAAGAUAGCUUGUAUUUGAAGACCAUACAACAUCCUACAAACACUAGCAGUUCCUAAUUGUAAAACUAUACUGCUGGGCCAGAAACCCUGACAGCACUGGAAUUUAAGAGCCCUGAGCACUUUUCAGACAGAUUGUGGUUGUUGAAGCAUGCUCCAUUUAUCUGGGCUAAGCUAAGAGACUGUUUGCUGUGCACAAAUGUAACUGCUUCCAAUUUGAAAAGGAAUUGUAUUUUUAAAUACAGAAAAUACUUUAAGUGAAGAAUAAAUCUGUUGCUCUCUUUACAGAAGAGUGUGAAGUUAACUAGUUAACACUGUACAAAAACAGUGUACCAAAAACACUUCCCUAUUCUGUUCUCUGAGGUCAGCUAGUAAGCUUCCUGAGAAAUCACCUUACAGGCUACUGAGCUUUUAAUCCCUUUGUGUUAUGAGUUUCUGGAAAGUAACUUUCCAGUAUUCAGAAUAAAUACACUUCUUUCAUUUUUAAAGCACUUGUAUAUAACAUGCUCUGUGGGAACUUGUGGUUGGAGUCAAAUAGCACAGCUGAGUAUCUGACAAGUGGUCACCAACACAGUCUUAUGAUGGUUGGCUUUCUAAGAAGUAAGAGCAAGGCAGUCAUCUGCCUCUUUGAGUGUAAUUGCUUUAGGCACUGGUAAAGGUUAUCUUCUAAACUGAAGCUGUGUGAUUGUUGCCUGGUUUUCUGGUCUAUGCUAUGGAAGUUGGAGAUGUGAAGAUAGGUAGAAGUAAUAAUUCACCAUUAAAAAAAUAUCCCUUAAGUUACAGGGUGUUUUAAAGCUGUUGUCAUUUUAGUCUCCAAAUAAGUCAGUAAGAAACACUUAAAGCAAACCUCAGACAAGAGUUUGAGGGCCUACUGCGUGCUGUUUAUAUUUAAGAAAGUGCCUGCUAUUACUAAAAAAGAGCUCUGAUACUGCAUAAAGUAGUUCAGAGGUAAAGUUGAGUGUUAAGUACAAAUAUUAGCAUCAAAGCACCUGUAAUGAAAGAUGCUCCACUUCAAUUUAAUUAUUUGUAAGUAGAAUGCACUAUGUGUUUGCUUAGCAGUAAAUCUCUACAGUUCACCUAAGCUGUAAACUGGUAGAGAGAUUGAAGAAAUGUAAGUAGGCACAAUAUACUUUGUUUAUAUGCUUAUAAUAAACAAAAAAACCCCCUUCCUCUCUUUUCAGAAACUUUUUCACUAAAAGGACAAAAGAACUCAAACCUGCUGUCCAAAGCGCUCCUGGUUGGAAGUUGUUUGGAAAAGUCCCACCCAGGGAAAACCUUCCAAAAGAUUCCAAAAUUAUUCAGCAGGAUGACAGUUCUGGCAGUCUUUCGUCAAUAUCUGCUCUCAGUCUAUUAAACACAGGGGAAUAUGAAGCACGGACAGGAAGAAUGUAUAAACCCCCACCCUCAUCAACAAGGCGUAAAAACAUUGAGUUUGAACCACUUUCCACUACUGCUUUGAUUCUGGAGGAUCGACCAGCAAAUCUUCCUGCCAAGUCAGUGGAGGAGGCUUUACGUCAUCGACAAGAAUACGACGAGAUGGUGGCAGAAGCAAAAAAAAGAGAAAUUAAAGAAGCACAUAAAAGGAAAAAAAUAAUGAGAGAGCGUUUCAAGCAAGAAGAGAAUAUCGCUAGUGCUAUGGUGAUUUGGGUCAAUGAAAUACUACCUAACUGGGAAGGCAUGCGUGCUACCCGAAGAGUUCGAGAGCUGUGGUGGCAGGGAUUGCCCCCAAGUGUACGUGGGAAGGUUUGGAGUCUAGCUGUGGGAAAUGAAUUAAACAUCACUCCUGAACUUUAUGAAAUCUUCUUGUCGAGAGCUAAGGAACGAUGGAAAAGCUUCAGUGAGACAAGUUCUGAGAAUGACAUAGAAGAUGCAGGUGCAUCUGUUGCUGAUCGUGAGGCCAGUCUGGAGCUAAUUAAGUUGGAUAUAUCACGCACAUUUCCAUCCCUGUAUAUUUUCCAGAAGGGUGGUCCUUAUCAUGAUCUCCUGCAUAGUGUUUUAGGAGCAUAUACAUGUUACAGACCAGACGUGGGAUAUGUACAAGGGAUGUCCUUCAUUGCUGCUGUGCUCAUUCUCAAUCUGGAAGAGGCAGAUGCUUUCAUUGCCUUUGCUAACCUUCUAAACAAGCCAUGCCAGCUGGCCUUUUUCCGUGUGGAUCACAGCAUGAUGCUGAAAUACUUUGCAGCCUUUGAAGUAUUUUUUGAAGAAAAUCUUCCUAAAUUGUUUCUUCAUUUCAAGUCAUACAGUCUUACUCCAGACAUAUAUUUGAUAGACUGGAUUUUUACACUCUACAGCAAGUCAUUACCACUUGAUCUGGCCUGUCGUGUCUGGGAUGUUUUCUGUAGAGAUGGAGAAGAAUUUUUGUUUAGGACAGGAUUAGGAAUCCUUCGGUUAUAUGAAGAUAUUCUCCUACAGAUGGACUUUAUUCACAUAGCACAGUUUCUAACAAAACUUCCAGAAGAUAUUACAUCAGAAAAGCUUUUUAGUUGUAUUGCAGCUAUUCAGAUGCAGAAUAGUAACAAAAAAUGGGCACAGGUGUUUGCCUCACUGAUGAAGGACAACAAAGAAGGGGACAAGAACCAUAGCCCAGCACCAAAAAGCUAAUGUUGAGGUCUACUGGAAACUUGGAAAACCACUUGAUGACAAAGAAGUCUUCACAUCACUUCUAUGUGGAAAAAGCACUAUAGAAAAUGUGAAAAUGAGGUGGAAAAAAGACACAGCUCUCAGUGGAAUAAUGAACUGAUGAAAUCUUCACCCUUUUGCCAGUAUUAGUUUUUGCCAUGGGAAGAUCUGAUUUCACACAGAAUACUAAAACCUAUGAAACUGAGAAGUGGGGAGUUCAUAUUUAAUACUUUAAAAGAAUCAGCUCAAUGCAAUAAACAUUUGUAAUAACUUCUGUUGGUACUUUAAACAAAUUUUUGAGGCAUAACUGUUUUUACAAAUACCACAAAGGCACUUUUUGGAGGGGAUGAGGGUAAUGCUAAAUCUUAAGGCCCCAAAACUGCUAUCCAAACCAAAUGCUUUGGUACAAACAUUACCUCCAAAAUUAACAAUUUGCAUGUAUUGAGGACCAAAUAAGGUGGUUUGGUAUGUUUAUGUGCAAGGUGGUUAAGAUUUGGGAAGGGGUAUUGUCUUAUUUACUUGUUUGAUUUUUUUUUUUUUCUAAGUUGCAGCUUCAUUCUUCAGUCUGGGCAAAUGUAAUUAACUCAGGAACUGUAGACGUAUUGUGCCCAAACCUAGAGCAAAAAUAAUCCGAAUUUUAAACAGUAGUAAGAAUAGGGCUGCUAUUUUCACUGUACUGCUUUCAAAGCAAGUGGUGUUUAAGCAUUUGUUUUGGUGUAUUGGUUGUGGAGUAAAUGGAGUGGGUAUUCUGUGAAAGGGUUUUGCCACCAGAAGUUUUAUAUUGUCGAGCCAUUUCCAAAUAAAAAAUACUUGUAUGUAAUGGUGAACACUAGAAAAUGACAAGGCUAUCUAAAGGCUUGUGUGUUCUCAAAGAAGCAGCCACUUUUAACACUUGGAAAUAAUGCAGACACAGAAUUGUUUUUGAAACUGUCUUUUUAUUAGUGUGCAAUACUGAAAUCCAAAAAUCAUCUGGUUUAGUGAUACAUAAUUCUUUAACAUCUUUUAACUGUGAGACAUAAGGUCAUACUGUACGUGUCACAGCAAAUAUUUUCAAACAUUUCCUGUUCUUGAAGAUGCUGUAUAACAACCUGUGGUUGUAGGGGACAGAAAUUUAAAAUGGAUAGCACUGCAGGUGAGGAACACUUGCACUCUCUUGAUCCGUUUUUUGCUAAUAUUUAAUGUAAAUAAAUUCCUUACAUGUGGGUUUUUGUAACUGGUCCCUCUGGAAAUCAAGUAAAAAAUACCAUUAUGUAUUUUUAAGUGCAGGAGGCUUCCAGUUGUCUGGUGUUUUAAAAGCAGAGUCUGCAUAAUCGGGGUAAAAAUUUAGUGUGGUGUAACUUGCGUUGCUAUCUGGUUUAAAAACUACAUAUAUGCUACUCAUAACAUUACAAUUUGAAAUGUAAAUGUCAGAUUUUUCUUAACUUAUGUAUUCACUACUUUAAUUGGAUCCAAUUUGUCUUAUAUUUUUGUGUUAUCUUGUACAGUUUUCUUACUUUUCAACUAUAAAUCUGUAUAUAACUGUAAAUAGAAGGAUCAAGCCUUCCUUUAAGACCACUAGUACCGAUUCCUGUGUAAAUAAAACUGACAGCAGACGGGG